AUGCCUCAACGCUACAGCAAUGGAGCCACUAAGGCCCCCGACACUCCGGGAUCAAAGCGAGCAACAAGGGCAUGUGAUUAUCCCGAGUCCCUUUCGCUAGCAGAAGUCAAUGCCUUAUUUACUGAGAGCCAAGAACCUCGUGAUGCGGAAAGUUCGACACAAAGCUCCAAUCGGCAUCACUCUGACAGGACUUUCAUCGACGUGGAAGAGCAAGGGCCAGUUCCCGAUUUCCUCGGGCAUGCAAUGCCGAUAACGAAUAGUUUCAAUGGAGACCACUUCAGCAGAGGUGGUGCGAGGGACUCGUUCAUGAGGUCUUGGGUUAAUCAAGUUCUGAUAUCUGACGUUCAUGGUCUGAAUCUUCACGAAAAGCAAACGCAUGUCAUUUAUUCAACUCGAGGAUCAUCAGAGGCAUACAGGGCUUGGUUCAAUCCUACCUUAUGGCUCGAAGGCCAAGCGACACGUGCGGAUCUUUUCGACAUCGGGUAUGCUGAAUAUUAUCAAGACUUUACGAGGUCGCACAGCUUUACACUCAACUCUUUAGGUUAUCGUGGUAGGCCAAAACGCGAUGUGAAAUUCCGAUGGAUGCAUCUGGAAAGCAUUUCAUCAAACUUUCGAAUGCUCGAGAAUCUUGUCACCGAGUGCCCUUUCAUCUCGAAUUCUCUCAGAUCAGUUGCUCUAAAGGUCCUUUUAGAAGCGAGCCAGCAAUGCUCUAACCCAGAUGCCUCGAGAUCACAAAUUGACACAGGAACUGUCAUACGAUAUGUUGGGCGCCACCGAGUACAUUCAGCAUGUACGCGUACUGAUACCCAGGAUACUCAGCCUGUGAUAUUUGCUUCGACGCCCCAUCUUCUUAUGGCGCAAAAGCCAACAGCAGCCCCUGUCUCAGUAGAACCCCGGAAAAGAAAUCUCAUCGAGUUCCUCUACGGUAGCGAAUCCGGCUCCUUCCAGCAGCCGUGGUCGGGGGAAUCAAUUGCGAAUGGUUUCAAGCAUAGCGUUUCGGACAUGCUAGAAGUACCUGAAGCCAGCUUCCUUUUGAUAGGUUCCGAUAUCUUGAUAAGCAUCUCUCGGAUGCCCUGGCAGCACAUGGUAUCAAGUGAUAUUGCCAUAAGCCGGGAAAAUGAAGUUAACGCGCGCGGGCUUUACACCAUUCAGAUAAUAGAUCAGACUGGAACUCGUCGCAGCGACCUAGUUAUUGAGAAGGAAUGCAGCCAUGAGAGCUUUGUGCGUCAGGCUUUUGGCCUUCCCCGUAACGAUAGACUAAGUCUUGAUUCGUAUGUAUUGGUUGAUGAACACGAGCGCCUCGUCAACCAUUCAGUUUGGCACGAUUACCUAAGGUCAGGAGAAGUAGAGCGGCAUUCUUUUCAAUUGAAAAAGAGUCCUUCAUUGUUUCAAGCAGAACAUACAAAGAAUUCAUCCACAGGUUCUGCCGAGUUUAAUGAAACAAGCACAGAUGUGUCCAGUCAUCAAGCAACUGCUCUAGAGCCAUCUCAUACUCGAAUAUAUAAGAGCGAGCUAUCGCGCCCAAACGAAGUCUUCUUCAGUAUUUCAAACCAUGAAGCCGAAGUGUGGCCCUCGUUCACCCAACAGCCUGUGGAUACACCUGACAAAGUCGAUCAAGACUCGUCAAAAUCUUGUUUAGAUUCAGAGCCUGACAGUAUUGCUGUCUACUACAUGGGGAUGCCAUUUAUGAUUCGAUCGUAUCGUUCAUAUGACAAUGCAUCAUCCGUUUCACCUCAAUAUCUGGAAGAGACAGAGACAACCCAGCGUUUCCCUGAUGUUUCUACCAGUACACACGAACGUAUCAACUUGAGCAAGCAUGACAACAUUAGAACACUAUUAGCCAAACAACGCGUGUUGGGCUCGCCCUUGAAAGGACCACCUCACUGGUUCCUAAGCCAUUGUGAGGGUCAGGAUACCAACAGCGGCUUAGUGGGCGAUGAUGCAGUGUACCAUUUACAUGAGCGGCACAUCACGUGCUAUCAAAACAACAGAAUCACGAGUAUCCUAGAUGAUCCUUGCUCAAGCUGGGUAUGUUUGAAGCAUUGGGAGCCCGAACCAGAGCCAUAUCCGUAUGAUCCUGACCAUCAUUUUUAUGGCGACCUGUUGAAAAUACGAGAUAAAGCUCAAGAUGUGCAUGCUUCUAUGACGGGGGAAGAAGCGCAAGUUGAGGUCAGCCUUAUACAUUGUUUCGAAUACAUCAUUUGCAAGUUCCUUCUUGCAGCUGAGGAAGCCUCAUUGAUAAACCAAUCAAGAUUGCGGAACUUCGAGACAGGCACGCAGAAUUCGGCUGAUAAGGAAGUAUUAGCUGUUCGUGUUAAGAUCAAGGAAAUCAACCAAAAGAUAUACGAACAGUUGGACCUUGCAACACGCGACAUCAUGAUGUCGGGGACAACUAGAGGCGACAAAGACCAGCUGAUAGUAUGUGACAUAGGCCCUGAGUUCCUACUGGCAAAUCUUAUCAGCAAUUUGCAAAAUCACACUAUAGUGCGUCAAACAGGGCAAACGCUGGAUAUCAUUCAGUAUUAUCGUCGAGUUUCAUCCAGCCUUCAGUAUAUCGCUGUGCGAGACCCAAGAAGGCGGCGCUUCUUAGAAAUCUCAGCUCUCGAAGAAGAAACAGAGGCUUUGCAUGCAGUUAUCGAAAUACAGAUGCGUAUGGUCAAAGCAUUCAAGAAGAUCCUGAAUCCUGAUUUCUUCCGGCAUGAGACGACAGAUGAUGAAUAUCUCAGGAACCGAAGCAGGAGGCACAUAUUGGAACGUGAGCACCUCGAACGACAUCUCCAGAAACUCUCCGAGAAUAUCAGGUCCUUGGAGACACUAUUAGGCAUUGCGCAAGUAACAAAAUACAAGAUGAAGCAAGUGCUAGAGGUACUUGACGAAGGGCAUGGAAAAGCCAUUCGUGUCUUCACUUUCGUGACCCUGUUCUUUCUUCCACUGUACGUACAGCAAACUUAG